CUCUUUUGACAUAGAAAUCUUUUUUUUUUCUUUUUUCCUUCUCCUUCAUCGUCCCUUCUUUUUUAUCUUUUUAUUUUUUCCCCCCUCUCUGUUGUUGUGCCGCCACUGUUCUAUGCGCCUCCAUCAUCGCCACCCUUUCCCCACGCCUCCGUCUCCCAUCUUCUUCUCCAACUUCUGUUCCCUUCGUUUUCAUCCUUGAUUCUCGGCCGCCAUCUCCAUCUCCGCCUUGGCCACCAGAAUCUAGGGUUUGGGAGGUGCUCUGUCUCUCGCUUCCGAGCUGGAUUCUCUCUAUUCCACUUUGCGAAUCUCCAUGUGCCGCUGGUUCAGUGGGUUUGUCGAUUAGACUCUCUUAGACAGAUUUUCCCUGCUGCCCUCUCAUCUGCAUCGAUACUCCUUUCGAUCCUCCUGCGCGCAUCGUCGCUGCCUCACUUCCAAACCCUAGGGUUUUUUUGGUCUGCGUGGCUGGGUUCUUUCGGGUCUGCCUAUGCCUUCUCGAUUAGGGCAACGCCGCUGAUUCUGUUGGCUUGGCUCGCUCCGGCUCGAAUUGCUGUGUACAUAUUUGUGAGGCUUUUCUAGGGAUUUGGAUGGCAUUGGGCGAUUUGAUGGCCUCUCGGUUCUCUCAGUCUUCUUCAUUGGCCGUGGUCUCCAAUCACUACGAUGACGGCGCCUCUACUCAAGCUGAUGAUGAUGUCGUUGAUUUAGCUUCACAGCGAAGGGAUUCCGAGGCUGCCAGUAGUAGCUAUGGCAAUGCAGGGACAAGCACUACUACAAGCAUGGCGUAUUUGCCUCAGACAAUCGUCCUGUGCGAGCUUCGUCAUGAGGCAUUUGAAGUUUCGGUACCUACUGGUCCAUCUGACAGUGGUAUCGUUUCUAAAUGGCGACCAAAGGAUCGAAUGAAGACGGGAUAUGUAGCUCUAGUUUUAUGUUUAAACAUUAGUGUCGAUCCACCUGAUGUAAUAAAGAUUUCACCUUGUGCCAGAAUGGAGUGCUGGAUAGAUCCAUUUUCAAUGGUCCCUUCAAAAGCUCUUGAUACAAUUGGUAAAACAUUGAAUCUUCAAUAUGAAAGAUGGCAACCAAGGGCUCGGUAUAAAGUACAGCUUGAUCCUACAGUGGAAGAGGUGAAGAAAGUUUGUAAUACAUGUCGCAAAUAUGCUAAAUCUGAGAGAGUUUUAUUCCAUUAUAAUGGGCAUGGUGUCCCAAAACCUACCCCUAAUGGUGAAAUCUGGCUUUUCAAUAAGAGUUAUACGCAGUACAUACCAUUGCCUAUCAGUGAUCUUGAUUCCUGGCUGAAAACACCAUCUAUCUACGUCUUCGACUGUUCUGCUGCUGGGAUAAUUGUGAAUGCCUUUAUUGAGCUUCAUGACUUGAAUGCUUCCGCAUCCUCUGGGGCAACGAGAGAUUGCAUUUUGCUUGCAGCAUGUGAAGCACAUGAGACGCUACCUCAAAGUCCUGAAUUUCCGGCCGAUGUGUUUACUUCUUGCCUAACUACCCCAAUUAAGAUGGCAUUGAGAUGGUUUUGCACGCGGUCAUUACUUCAUGAUAGCCUUGAUUAUUCACUUAUAGACCAAAUUCCUGGUCGUCAAAAUGACCGUAAAACCCUUCUUGGGGAAUUAAACUGGAUCUUUACUGCAGUUACUGAUACUAUCGCAUGGAAUGUUCUUCCUCAUGAUCUUUUCCAGCGACUGUUUAGACAAGAUUUGUUGGUUGCCAGUCUAUUCCGCAACUUCUUGCUUGCUGAGAGGAUUAUGCGCUCUGCAAACUGUUCCCCUAUUUCUCACCCAAUGUUGCCACCUACCCACCAACACCAUAUGUGGGAUGCGUGGGAUAUGGCUGCUGAAAUUUGUCUUUCUCAGCUUCCAUCUUUGGUUGAGGACCCUAAUGCGGAGUUCCAGCCAAGCCCCUUUUUCACCGAGCAGCUGAUGGCCUUUGAGGUAUGGCUAGAUCAUGGAUCACAAGAGAAAAAACCACCAGAGCAGUUACCCAUUGUUCUUCAGGUUCUACUUAGUCAGUGCCAUCGUUUUAAAGCUUUGGUUCUUCUUGGAAGAUUCCUCGAUAUGGGUCCCUGGGCGGUGGAUCUGGCAUUAUCUGUUGGAAUAUUUCCUUAUGUGUUGAAGUUGUUGCAAACAACAACACCAGAACUGCGGCAUAUCCUUGUGUUUAUAUGGACGAAGAUACUAGCUCUUGAUAAGUCGUGUCAGGUUGAUCUUGUCAAGGAUGGUGGACAUACAUAUUUCAUAAGGUUUCUUGAUAGCCUGGAAGCAUAUCCUGAGCAGCGAGCUAUGGCUGCCUUUGUUUUGGCAGUCAUUGUUGAUGGGCAUAGAAGAGGCCAGGAAGCUUGUAUCGAGGCUGGUUUAAUUCAUGUGUGCUUGAAGCAUCUUCAAGGUUCAACACCAAAUGAUGGACAGUCUGAACCACUUUUUCUUCAGUGGGUUUCACUUUGUCUAGGGAAGCUGUGGGAGGAUUUUACAGAAGCACAAAUCAUAGGUUUGCAGGCAGAUGCCCCUGGGAUCUAUGUUCCUCUGCUGUCUGAGCCUCAACCAGAGGUUCGAGCAUCAGCUGUAUUCGCUUUGGGAACCCUGCUUGAUGUUGGGGGUGAUGCCUUCCAGGAGGCUUCUGGAGGAGAUGAUGAUUGUGACGAUGAUGAAAAAGUUAGAGCUGAAAAUAAUAUUAUUAGAAGCAUAUUAAGUGUUGCUUCUGAUGGAAGCCCACUGGUCAGGGCAGAGGUUGCUGUAGCCUUGGGUCGUUUUGCAUUUGGCCACAAGCAGCACCUCAAAUCCAUUGCUGCCUCAUAUUGGAAGCCUCAGACUAAUUCAGUACUGAAUUCACUGCCUUCUUUGGCUCACAUAAAAGGGGGAGGUAGUGGAUACACUACUGCAAACCAGUAUAUGCCACAUCCAAGUAUCGUUGCAUCCCAAAUUGGUCCACUGACUAGAGUCGGUAGCGACACUGCCUCACUGGUGCGAGAGGGGCGAGUGUCUAACAGUAGUCCCCUUGCUGGUACAGGGAUUAUGCAUGGUUCACCAUUAUCUGAUGAUUCUUCUCAACAUUCUGAUUCUGGCAUCCUUAAUGAUGUUAUAAGCAAUGGAGUUUUGCAUCACUCGAGACCAAAACCUCUGGAUAAUGCUAUGUAUUCACAAUGUGUGCUGGCCAUGCUAACUUUGGCCAGGGAUCCUUCUCCACGUAUAGCUGGCCUUGGGCGCAGGGUACUGUCAAUUAUCGGUAUUGAGCAAGUUGUAGCAAAACCUGUGAAUUCCACAGGCAGCAGUGGUCGCCCCAUUGAAGCUGCAACUUCUUCUCCAGCUCCAACUCUGGCUGGGUUGGCUCGUUCAUCCUCUUGGUUCGACAUGAAUGCUGGUCAUCUCCCAAUGACGUUCAGAACUCCGCCGGUUAGCCCUCCCCGACCUAGUUACUUGACGGGAAUGCGCCGAGUUUGUUCUUUGGAGUUCAGACCUCAUUUGAUGAGUUCCCCGGACUCUGGGUUGGCUGAUCCUCUUCUGGGUUCAGCCGUAGCUUCUGGAGGUUCAGAACGCAGUCUUCUUCCUCAAUCAACAAUCUACAACUGGAGUUCCGGGCAUUUCUCUAAGCCGCUUCUUACUGCCACUGAUGACAGUGAGGAGAUACUGAUUAGACGAGAAGAGCGGGAAAAGUUUGCUUUGGAACACAUCUCCAAGUGCCAGCACUCUUCUGUUGGCAAGCUUAAUAAUCAGAUUGCUGGAUGGGAUACUAAGUUUGAGGCUGGUACAAAGGCAGCACUCCUUCAACCUUUCUCUCCCAUCGUAGUUGCUGCCGACGAUAAUGAACGGAUUAGGGUGUGGAACUAUGAAGAAGCUGCACUUCUCAAUGGGUUCGACAAUCACGAUUUCCCUGAUAAGGGGAUUUCAAAGCUUUGCCUGGUUAAUGAGCUGGAUGACAGCUUGCUUCUUGUUGGUUCAUGUGAUGGGAACAUACGGAUUUGGAAAGAUUACUCUAUAAGAGGGAAACAAAAACUUGUUACUGCAUUUCCUUCUAUCCAAGGUCAUAAACCUGGUUCACGUAGUUUGAAUGCUGUUGUGGAUUGGCAACAACAAUCUGGAUACCUGUAUGCUUCUGGUGAGGUAUCUUCUGUUAUGGUUUGGGACUUGGAGAAAGAACAACUUAUUAAUUCAAUUCCCACGUCAUCAGAUUGUAGCGUGUCAUCAUUGUCAGCUUCUCAAGUUCAUGGAGGUCAAUUUGCUGUUGGUUUUGUUGAUGGUUCAGUGAGAUUAUAUGAUGUUCGGACCCCUGAAACUAGCAAGGUUGCUUUUUGUGAAUUUCAGGCCUGUGUGCACGAUGAGACCCCACACCCAAAAGGUAGAAAGAGUAGUGGGUAUUGGGUUUCAACCGGGACUUGAUCCGGCAAAGAUUGUUAGUGCGUCUCAGGCUGGGGAUAUUCAAUUCCUGGACAUCAGAACUCAGAGAGAUGCCUAUCUCACGAUUAAUGCCCACAGGGGCUCACUUACAGCACUAGCCGUUCAUAAGCAUGCUCCAAUCAUUGCUAGUGGGUCAGCAAAGCAGAUAAUUAAAGUAUUCAGUCUUGAAGGUGUGCAACUCGGAACAAUCCGGUAUUACUCCACGUUCAUGGCCCAGAAGAUUGGUUCAGUGGGUUGCCUUACUUUCCAUCCCUACCAACUGCUGCUUGCUUCUGGGGCUGCCGAUGCUUAUGUCUCUCUAUGGGCAGAUGAUAACACUCAAGCAAGGUGAUGAAUGUACAGUUAAUUUACCAGUUGACAUAUAUGCAUGAAAUAUCCGACUCCAAAAGCCAGCAGCAGCUGUGGCGGUACAAGCACACAGGGAAAUCCAGCUCCGUGAUGCAUGUCGACUAGAUCAGGCUGAUACUUUGGUCAGACCGGUGCGCUGGUCGGACUGAUGCAUUUACCAUAUGAUCUGGCACAAGAAGAAAGUAAAAGCGAGACGAAUUCGUUAGCCUCAGUGUAGAGUGAGACACAGCUUUGGGAGAGAUGCUUCCUUAUUCAUUGACGGGCUGGGGCUUCCACAAAUAAAAAGCAUUUGUAUGGCGUAAAUGUGUGUAAAUAGUCUCUUGUUUCUCUUCUGUAUCUGUUUUCUCUCGUCAAUCUUGGAAAUGUGUUAAAUUUGUCAGUGUUCAUUUCAAGCUACAUGGUUGCAGUUUACCAAUAAUAUUUCACAGGGGUUGCAUGCAGAAAGAUAUGGUUUGUUGUCUUUGCCAUUGAAAUCCUGGGGAUGCCCACUUUUCUCGCCUGUUAGUGUAUUCAUCAAUAGGAUUCAGGUACGGUGUGCAGACUUGUGGACUGUGGGCAUGUUGCAGGAUCUGUUUAUCUUUGCAACCGAGUCAGUGUACUCUUUUCUUGUACUGAUGAAGGAUGCCUGUGUAAAUAAAUGCCUUCGCCAUCUUUUCUUGUGCAUGGAUAUCUAGUUCAAGCAAUGGGUUUUACAGUUUGGUUGUCUUGUCCUACCACUGCUUGCUUGGCGAACCCUAAUGAGCAAGGUCUGGACUUGGACUGAAUGCAAGUUCG